AUGGCGAAGGCGGGGCUAGGUCCCUGCUUGGAAGCAACAGCUUGGAAGCAGCUUCACAGAGCUUUCGCCUCUGUGAGCGGCUCGGGGUUUGUAGUCUCUGAAGAUGGCUGGAUUCUGACUAACGCCCACGUACUGAAGAACAAGCAGCGGGUGAAGGUUGAGCUGAGAAACRGUGUGCAUUACGAAGCCGCGAUCAAGGAUGUGGAUGAGCAGAUGGAUGUUGCCCUCAUCAAAAUUGGGCCAGAUGGUCAGCUGGCCGUGCUGCCUCUGGGCCGGUCCUCAGAYAUGCGCCCUGGUGAGUUUGUGGUGGCGGUGGGAAGCCCCUUCUCGCUGCAGAACACUGUCACCGUCGGCAUCAUCAGCAGCGCUCACCGCAAAGGCCUGGAGCUGGGCUUCAAGGACUCUGACCUGGACUAUAUUCAAACUGACGCCAUCAUAAAUUACGGCAACUCUGRUGGACCACUUGUCAAUUUGGACGGAGAUGUAAUAGGCAUCAAUACCUUAAAGGUGACAGCCGGGAUCUCGUUUGCUAUCCCUGCAGACAGAAUACGUCAGUUUCUUGCUGACUUCCACAACAGGCAGCUAAACGGUGACCCAGAGCACAGAAAGAAAUUCUUAGGUGUCCGCAUGAUGCAGCUCACACCAUCUUUGACUGAGGAAAUCAGAGAACGUGUGGACAGAUUCCCAGACGUGAGUUCAGGGGUUUACAUUCAUGAAGUUAUUCCCGGAACAGCUGCAUCCAGUGCUGGGAUGAUGGAUCAUGAUGUCAUCAUCAGCAUCGAUGGGAGGCCGAUCUACACCAAACAGGAAGUCAGUGAGGCCGUCCAGAGUGGCGCUGCUUUCUCUGUGKUGGUGAGAAGGAAUGACGGGGACUUUCUGCUGACUGUCGUUCCUGAGGAGAAGGACUGACUCACACACUGCAGCUCAUUGGGUUUCAAUCCAAGGAACUUUAAUAUAAUUUAUUUGGUUGGGACAAUGCACAUUAAUUGACAUUUCUGUGAAUGUGCCACAGGCCAAGAGGCUAAUUCUGGCUCAUCUCCCAGAAUAGAAUAUCCUUUCCUUUUCUAGG